GGAAGUCCGCGCUCAAUCUGGUACUCUCCACUGACAGCGUAGAGUCAACACUUGAAGGUAUAAUAGAUAUUUCGCGGCAGUUUUAGUGCAGCCGCGAGCGACGCGCGCCGCUACGGAGUGCUUGUGAUAUCAUUAAUUAAAAAAACAAUAUUCAUUUGUAGAGAUGUCGGACGCAGCCGUAGAACAAGUUGCAAGGGAGGUGAAGGACGUCAAACUAGAGAACGGGGCAGCCAACGGAGACAAUACCAUACCGUUCAAGGAUGCCUUCAAAAUGUUCUCGAAAUUCGGCGAUCCUAAAUCAGAUGGGAAACAGAUCACACUAUCCCAAAGUGACAAAUGGAUGAAGCAGGCCAAAGUUAUCGACGGAAAGAAAAUAACGACAACGGACACAGCCAUACAUUUCAAGAAACUAAAAUCUGUCAAACUCGGCAUCGACGACUACCAGAAGUUUCUAGAAGAUUUGGCGAAGAAUAAGAAAAUGGAGGUGGAGGAAAUCAAACGAAAACUAACAACAUGCGGCCAGCCGGGUGUAUCGACACAUUUGCCAAAGUCGCCGGCAGCAGCUGCCGCUGUCGAUAGACUGACGGACACCAGCAAGUAUACCGGGUCUCACAAGCAACGCUUCGACGAAACCGGCAAAGGAAAGGGAAUCGCCGGGAGAAAGGACUUAGUCGACGCCUCCGGAUACGUCAGCGGCUAUCAACACAAAGACACUUACGAUAAAUCACACUAAAUUUAUAUAUUUUUUUAAAUUUUACAUUGAAUUUCUGUCAAGUCUGUAUGUUAUGUGCCUUUUUAUUUUUUACUUACAAAGUUACGACUGUCAUUAUUGACGUUCUUCUAAUGCAGCUACAUUCCGUUUUGUUAAACUUCUUUAGACUUUAAGUGUAACGUAGAUUCUUUUUACUGUCUUAAUGUCUAGUCUUGAGUAGUUUAGAUUCAUAAUUCCAAAAUAUUUCUACUUAUAGAUGUUUUAUGAUACUCUAUAAAAUAUUUUCGUACGACCUAAUAUUUAUAUAUAAAAAAAAAAAUUAAGACUAAUAUCCGAAAGUUCAAUAUGGAACAAAAAGUACAAGGAGUAACAAAAAAUAUUUUUUAUAAUUUACGUAACUUUGUGAUUUAAUACUUCCUCAAACGUCCCUGUAAUUUAGUGAGCUAGAUGAACACAACCAAAAACCGGCGUGGAUCAUGUUAGCUUUUUAAUUAUAUUAUAAUCUACCCCUAAUUUAUAAAUUAUAUUAUAAAUCAGUA